CAAAAUAGUACUGACAAAAUACUGACAAAAUUUUGGUGCUAAGCGACCGCUAUAUUAAUCUGAUGGCUGUCUUUGACUGUUGACUAUGACAUGACUGUUGACUAUGACACGACUGUUGACUAUGACAUGACUGUAUAAUGAAGUGGCAGGUUGAUCGAAUGAACGAAAUGGGGCUGUUGUGAAACAGAUUAUAUGUUUUCUUGUUCGCACGUUUACAAAAAGAAGAUUCGGACAUUUUUAUGGCGAUAUAUAUCAUUUGGUUGAAUAUAAUUUCUCAAAACAAACCAAAAUAAAUGAAACAGGAUCAAAAAUGUUGGUCCAUUCAUUUUGUAUUAAAAACCACCUGUUGGAAUAAGCUUCUCUUAUGAAUUAUGUACUAAAAAUAUCUAGAAAAGACUGUAUCAUAUUAUGCAUUUUCUAACGUUUGUUUUGCUUUCUACUCACUUUUGGAUGAAAAAUAUCUAUAUAUUUAGUUUUGCCACCAAAAUAUGUCGAUACGUUUGUACGACUCAAAUUUAGAGAAAAAAGGAUUGCAUAUUUAUGUAUUUAUUUUAGAGAAAUUUACGUCGCUCAGAUCUGAAAUCUACUCAAAACCGUUUCAUUGCGAUGGUCAUCGAUGGAAACUGCAGGCUGGUAUAAAGGAGAAAUAUUAUUUCGGCGUGUUUUUACGAUGGUUAGGAGGUGGAAAACUGACGAAUGGAGUAAAAUGUAAAAUGCAAUUCACAUUGGGUAUUUUAAACAGAAGAGAACCUUCAAAAUCCAUUCGUCGAGGUGAUUUGGAUGGGAAAGCGGACGAGUUUACAAUAUCUGGUUGUGGUAUAGGUUGGGGAAAACUAGCCACAUUAGAUCAGCUGACUAAAGAUCGUGGUUUCAUCAUUGAUGAUAGUGUACUUGUUGAGUUACAAUGUCGUAUAACCGAGACGACUUUUCAACAAAAACUUGCGUGUGAUUUAAGCCCUGGUGAAAAGUUUGUGAAAAGUUCCAUGUUUUCAAUUUGCAAUGGACGAUGGUCCAUUAUAAUGUUUCCACAAGGAUUACCUGUUAAUUCGUCUGGUAGUGAUAGCAUCCAUGAAAAUCCUCAAAGUGAUGAUGUUGCUGUGUAUCUUCUUCGUGAAGAUACCACUCUUCUUCGUUACAAGAUCAGCUUUUCAUUUCAUGUUCGGAGCAAGCUCGCUAAAACACAUGAGAUCACGUACAAUUUCUAUGAAACUGACGAAAACGCUUGUAAUGAUGUCUUUGGAGUCGAGAACUUUAUUCCAAUGAAAGAAAUGAAAAAAAUUUCAAAAAAUGGAAAAGUGAAAAUAAACGUAAAAAUAAAAUUAAUGGAACCAUAUUUCUAUCUUGCUUUGAGCCCGGAGAAAAUUCGGAACAACUAUGGUGAUACGUGUACACGAGAGGAUCUUGUUGAUCAAUGUAACAAUUCCCUAUGUCUUACGCUUGCUGCAUCUCAAAACGAAAAAGUAGUGUUUACACUUACAUACGACCCACAAGGAGAGAAUAAAACCAUUGAUGAAACACCUUAUUUCAAGAAGAUCUUUUGGCGAAUUAUCCUCAAUUCUUUAGAAAAUGAUUCCGAAACUGUUGUCGUCUCCUCAUCAGAUGAGCCCGGAAGAAGCUCGUUUUGUUACAGCAAAGCGAUGAACUCGAUUAUAUCUAGUUUAGAUAUUCAAAAGAUCCUCGAGAAAAACAGUGUAUAUCUUGAUGAUGAAGGCUUUCUUAGUGUUCAUAUGCUUAUUAUGGAUGCAAAUCUGUUGUAUGAUCCAUUGCUUAACCCUCUUACUAAAAACAGCGUCUCUAAAUUAAAAGAGGAAAAUGAACAUGGACUGAGGAGCCUAGAACGCGAACGUGAAAGUUUUAUUCACGAGAAAUUGACGGAGAAAGAUGAAAUCAUUUCAGAGCAAAAGGAACUGCUUGAAAAGACAGACAGCAUCAUUGAAGCGCACGAAACAACUAACGAUGAUUUGAAGAACGAGAAGGAGAAAAAUGUUAAAUAUUCCAUUGAUCUUGGUCACAGUAAAUCAGAUGAACAUCUUGAACGAAGUUUGCAACAACUAAUCAGGAACGCAAAACCAUCGAAAGAAGAUUUAAAAGCCCAGAAAGCUAUCGAAAAAAAACUUACCAAGUUUUUAAAGAAGAAACUUCCGUUUAACAUAAGCCGUGUCUCAGCUAUAGAUGCUUACGGACAGAACACAACAUUGAAAGGAAUUAGACAGUGUAACUUGGCCAUUGCCAUUCAAGACCUUCCUAGCACGGAACAUGACAGUUGGCUACCCAGUAUCAUAGAAACAAUUAAAACAUUACUUGAGCAAAAAGACGAGAACGAAACGACUCUGCCUUCGUGCAAUGACUUCACUACGACAUCGACCACUGUACACUUUAAAUGUGAUGAAGUCAUUGUAUCGCUUGCACCAAUCAACGACUGGGAAGAGAAAGGUGGAGUCCAGGCCCUUUAUCAGAUGAGCAUGAAGCAAGAUCCUUCUGUUCAAAUUUAUUAUCAAAACAAUGUUUGUGAACUUCAAGCAAAAUUUAUAUCCAAACAGUCAGAUAAGUGCAAAGAUUUGAUACGAGUUGUAAAGAAAUGGAGUUAUGAUACUGAAUGGAAAGAUGGACGUCGACCUGGAGAUUAUCUUCUUGCAUUACUUGUUGUUCAAUCUUAUGAAAUUAUUCAACCUGACAUGUGCGAACCAACUUCAACUGAUCUAGAUAUUUUGAUAGAAAUGGCCGAACUUGUGGACGAUGUCAAUCUGGAACUAUCUUGGGAUACAUCCAACUACAUAUCUGCUCAAUAUCCUCCAAAGUACUUUCCUAAACCAUUUUUACAUCCUAUCAUUCAGGAUCCUGCUAUACCCACACAUAAUGUGGCGGAGACAAAUGUGGGAGAUUGGAACGAGUUCAGGAGCAAAUUUAAAGACUGGGUUUUAUCUCUCUCACGAUGAUAUAAUAAUACAAAUGAUGAUCACAGAAGUUUGCUAAAUAGUCUUCACUAUAAUAUCAAUGCAGCAUUGAACCUUUUUUACAUAAAAUCAAUGGUUUUGGGGUAGAUCCUUUUUUAGUAUAGUUGAAUGGAAAAAGCAUUAUCAAGGGGUUUUUCUAGUAAAAUUAUUGAUGAAAUUAUUAUUCAAAUAUAUCUUAUAAUUGUUUUCA